AUGGAGGCUUUGGGCAAGGUGUCCAUCCCGGCGAACUUUGUUGAGCAGGUGACAGAAGAAGUCACGCGCAUCAUCGUGGCUAAUGCCGAGGUGCUGGCACGGCAAUGCGCUGAAGCCUGCAUCCGCCAGGUGUUGUCUUCCUCCACGCCAGUCCCUACGCUGGAUCUGGAGAAGCGAAGCAGCGUUGAUGACGAUUCAAAGAUGCUCAUGGAGGUCGAUGUGCUGGCCCACCAGGAGACGGAGGCCUGGCAGUCGCCGCAAGGCUCCGAUCUCGGCAGCGAUCUUCUCCAGGAGCUGCUGCCCUCGGGAAGCAAAGGUCGGGGCAAAGGACCCGCCGGGAGACGCCCGCCGCCGAAGGCUCCUGGCGCAAAGGCUUCCCCGCCGACGGUGUGUCGGCGUGACAGUGGCAUGAGCGAGCUGCUGCAACGUGUUGCGGAAGAGGGGCGGCGGAAGGACCGCGAGGAGUCGAAGGAGAUCCAGGACCUGGAUCUCUCCCAGAUUUCUCCGGACUGCCCACGCAGCCGCACGACAUGUCAGCGCUGUGAGCAGGAGAUUCCCUCGGAACACUUCGAGUCGCACCUCACGUCGCACUCCAGCGAGAUCCUCCCCUGGCUCUACGUCGGUGGCAAGAGGAACCUGGACAACGACAAGGAGCUCACUGUUCGAACUGGCAUCACGCACGUCCUCAACUUGGCCCAGGAGGUCAACAUCAAAGAGGACAUCUCGAAGCUGGUGACCGAGUACAACGCCCAGCGCGGCCUGGGGUUCGUGUACAAGAAGAUCGGCUUUGGGGACACGCCGGACCAAGACAUCCUGGAAGAGAUGGAUGGUGCACUAGAGUUCAUCCACGACGCACGCUGCUCUGGUGACCAGCACCGGGUGCUGGUGAACUGCGUGCAGGGCGUGUCGCGGUCCGCUGCGGUAGUUAUUGCCUACCUCAUGAAGUUUGAGCGGAGGAGCCUCCAAGACACUUACGACUUCCUGCGGAGGCAGCGGCCCAUCGCCGAUCCACGGCAGGAGUUCUUGGAGCAGUUGGGCAAGCUCGAGUGCCAGCUCUUCGGGAAGCCCACACCCUCGCUGCAGGCGGAUGAGGUCUUCGCCGGGCGACGGAUGCUGAAUGUCGAUGGCGCACCGAGCCCCGUGGUGCAGGAGCCAGGGCACAGCCCGGAGAUGAUGCACGAGCUGGAGGCGCUGCAGCAAGUCAUGCAGAGCCUGAACUCGCAGCUUCAGCUCAUAGGUGCAGAGGCAGAUGCUGCUGCCAAAGAGGUGGCCCAUUGCAACGUGGACAGCACGGACGGAGGCGCUGACAUGUCUCCACGGCGUGAUGAGAACCAGACGGCUUUCGUCGCCCGGAGGUACGUCUCCAAGCUGACCUUGCCUCCGAAGCAGAUGGACGAGAAGUCCUUGCCCGAGCUCAAGCGGGAGCGAGAUGCAUGCGAGGCACUCCUUGACUUUAUGGCAAGAACUGCCGCAGCACUGCUGGAUCAGAGAGAUCACCUUCGCGAGCAGCUGCCUACCCAAGGCACGCUCGCCAGCCAAGGCACUCCCAGCGAGGAGGGCCUGAGAAGACCCAUCGUUUAG